UUCUCGAAUGUUGAAUUUUGCAACCUCAGAUCUGUGCAGAGUGUGCUGAUCACGUGAGACGGUAACAGCUUUGAAUACCCAAUUUAAGGUGGUGGAUAAAGCUCUUGGGUGCUCAGAUAUUGGAUUCAAUAUUUCUAGUAGUACCUAACAAUCUAGGCAGGACGUUCGAACCGAGCCAAUCUUCAGUGACACAAGAAUAUUUGAAGAGACUCCUAUUUCAUUUAUUAUCGAGAUAACUAUCAUCCUAGAUAAUAUAGGAUUCUGUCUUCGACUAGAAGUGGCCUUGGUGGGGAUUGUUAUUUCCCCUCUUUGAAAGAAUAUCUGGUGCUCGAGAUAAGAACACUUGAGAAAACGAUGUCACAUCCCACCUCCCAGUUUUCGUCAACAAUUUUUUGCUAAAACAGGUCUAUGUUGGAGAUGAAUAAUUAAAUCAAAAUUCCAUAAGAAUGUUAGUUUGACAUCUUUCGAAUUUUUUCAUAAAAUUCCAAUAAAUUCAGUUGACAGAUCGAAAUGUUGAAAUGGAUCUUUAUCAUUUUUCAUUUACUGAAAACAGUGAGAUGCUUGAAUGAAUCAUUGCCGAACGUCAAAGUGUUCAGAAAAAUCAUUGGUGGUCAUGACUGCUCCACUGAAAAAUAUCCUUUCAUGGUUUCAAUAAGAACAACUACAAGAAUGAAACACUUCUGUGGAGGAACUCUGAUCAAACCCGAAUGGGUACUAACAGCGGCUCAUUGUACCGUCACAACCAAUCCAAACUACUACACCGUUGUAGCAGGUACGUCAGAAAUAGACAAGAAUGGUAUACAACGUAGACCUGCACUGAGGAUCCUCAAACAUCCAAAGUACAACGAGAAAAACUUCAAAAAUGACAUUGCUCUCAUAGAAUUAAAAAAUGGUUUUGAUAUGGAUUCCAAGCUGGUAGGUCUUAUUGAGUUGCCAUUAUUUUUUAACGAAGCAGACGUGAAAGACUACUGUGGAGAAGGAACAGUAAUUGGAUGGGGACAUAGAGAAGCAUGGGAUCCCGAUAAAGCCCCAAUGCAUUACGUUUUCAAUCCAAUAUUACAAUGUAUUACAAUUCCAGUAUUGAGCGAUGAAGAAUGUUCUGAAGUUCGUGGUAAAGCACUCAAAGCGAACAUGUUUUGUGCCUAUUCGGAAGGAGAAAAUAUUGACGCCUGUCAAGGAGACUCCGGAGGACCAUUGUUCUGCGGGAGUAUACAAUAUGGAAUAGUUUCUUCUGGUUAUGGAUGUGGUUUAUCAAACAGUCCCGGGUAUUAUACAAGGGUUGACAGAAACCUAGAUUUCUUAAAAGAUUCCAUUCUGCGUGAAAAGGUUGCAAGAGGUUUGAUAUUUGAAAGAAAUAAUUGCGGAGAUUAUGGCAACUAUUUUCUCUAUUAUAUAAUUCCCAUCAUCAUCACGAUUGAUGAGAUAAAAAACCCUGAGUGCAUCCGACGACGCACCCCACAGGACAAUACUAUAGGUCAUUCGUUCAUGGAACUGAGCGUGAUAGGAACGAUUCAAAUGUUACUGGUUCUACUUAUUUCAUAUAUGUUCUUCAUUACGCCUUUUACGGCUGAAACAGAUGACAACAGAAUUGUAGGAGGUUAUCCUUGCAGCACAAUGGAGUAUAAGUAUAUGGUGUCGCUACAAAAACGAUGGCAACCCUACCAUUUUUGCGGAGGUUCUUUGAUAAGACUUGGUUGGGUUCUGACUGCUGCUCACUGUUUAAUUUCUUUCGAAAAUCUCCCAAGUCUUGUAACAAUAGCAGCUGGAGUUGAUACCCACAACAAAUUUGGUACACAAAAACGAAAAGCGAUCAAAAUGUUUAUGCAUCCUGCCUUCGAAUACCCAACGAUGACUAAUGAUAUAGCACUAAUUUUGCUUGACUGGCCUUUUUCACGUUCCGCCAACGUCGAUGUGGUCAAUCUUACACCGACUUGGAUAGAAGGAGAUGUAUUUCAAUAUUGCAGACAUGGAAUUACCUUGGGUUUCGGUAUAACAGAGAUAAUGUAUCCGGAUCAAACAAAAGUACCUCAACCACAAUAUGUGUUUACCGCCAAUUUGAGUUGUGUGAGUAUACCAAUAAUAACAGAUGACCAUUGCCAGUCACUCAUACCUACUCCCAUCAUUCCCACUGCUUUUUGCGCAAGUCACUUGCCCGGAGGUCUAGACGCAUGUAAAGGAGACAGCGGUGGCCCUUUUAUUUGCCGAGGAUUUCAAAUUGGUAUAACCAGUUCGGGAUUCGGCUGUGGAAUGCCAAAUCUACCAGGUUUUUAUACCAGGGUGGACAGGCAAUUGGAAUUCAUAAGAAAUACAAUUGAUACAAAUGAACCUGGAGAAAGGAGUAUUCCAUCCGGAUCUGAAACGUUAAAUAACGCCAUAUAUUGGCUUCCUUCACUGUUAUUUUGUUUUGUAAAACAUGUUUAACGUCUAAUAUUAUUGGACCUACUUCUAUCUAUCUACUCACAUACCUUUUUCUCUCUUAAUUUUAAUUAUAAUAAAUAAUUUUGUAGUGUCUCGA